GUUGCACCACGACCUCAAUUUUGGCGGUGGAAACAGCAUAACGAGCUUCGGGAUAGUGUAUAUGUCAUGUACUUAUCACAAGUGUGUGAUAACGUGGAUUUGCAACACAUUACUAUUGAUUGAUCUAAAAUCUCACGAUUCCACACGACUCCGUGGUGGUUCAGUGGCACCAAAAUCUGUAUCAAUUAAUGCAUAUCCGCGUGACAGAUUGAUACGGCACACGAGCGAAAAGAAUGAUGCGCAGCGCGCGAAAGGCUGACAAAAUAUUUGCGUCACGAAUUAAUCUUGCACGCCUUCGCGUAUCUCAUGACAAUUUGCUGCGAUCGUGAUUUACGAAGUAAUAAUCUUAUCUAAGUAAAACUAAAAAUCCGACUAAAAUUCGCGUGAUCCAUAACUCGUCCCACAAAUCCUUCUUUUUUUUUAUAUGACGAGACGCUGAUAAAACAUCAAGCGCAAUCCUGCAAGCCCGUAACCAUCGUAAUUAGACGGGAUAGAGAAUUAACAUCAAAAUGCACGAGAUCGUCGAGUUAAUCGUAAACAGCGCUUUGCUAUGGAUAUUCCUGCAAACGACGCUGAGUGUGUUGGUUACUGUCCUGUACGAGUUCAGUGUUCCUUGGAUUGUUUGGGGUUUGUUGAUCAUCUUAAUUGCGCUCAAACUGAUGCGAAUAUCACCUCCAGCUGCCAGUGCUGUGCAGGAAAUAUUGGGUAUAAAUCCACUCCACCUGGAAAAAGAUAACUCCAUGCCUGAGAAUCACGGUAACGGAGAGCAAUACUGCAUGCGAGUGGUGGCCCACCGUGGUGGAGGAUACGAUUAUCCUGAAAACAGUUUGUCAGCUUUCAAAAAUAGUAGAGGAAAGGGCUGUACUACAGUAGAACUCGAUGUAAGACUAACAAAGGAUAACAUUCCAAUAGUAUUUCAUGAUUCAACGACUGAGAGACUCACAGGCCAAAUAGGAACAAUCAGCGAAAUGACAUGGGAAGAACUGCGAAAUUUAGAUAUAAGUUAUAAUCACCCACUUAGGAACAAAUUUUCCGACGGAGAGAAGAUUCCGCUGUUGCAUGACGCAUUGCAACAAUGUCUGGACAACGAGCUAAGAGUAAUCAUAGACAUAAAGGAAACUAAAACAGAUGUUGUGCAAGUUGUUCUCGAUGUGUAUAAGAAAUACCCGAAAUUAUUUAAGAGAGGAUUCGUGACAUGUUUUAAUCCAAUCAUUCUGUACAUGAUAAGGAAAAAAGAGCCACGCAUCAUGGCGAGUCUCGGUUGGAGACCAUAUUAUUUCACGAGAACGUCGUACGCCGGCCUGGAAAGCCUCGGCUCUGUACGAUUUCAUAAUCCGUUUAAACAUUUGGCAGUUUGCAUUUUGGAGACUUUAUACGAAUGGCUGUUACCGCGCUUCGUUUAUUACGUCGUAGGUGUCUCUGUCAUGUUGUUACACAAGGAUAUAGUAAAUCCACGCGUGAUAGAGCGAUGGUUCGAACGCAACGUCCGCGUAAUGGCAUGGACGGUGAAUCGGCCGUCGGAAAAAAUCCAUUUCUCGAAGGUUCUUAAAGUUACUUAUUUAACUGAUACGUUACAUCUAGAGAAGGAUAUGUAGUGACACAUCCGAAGUUAUUCGUUCAGUAUUAAACACAAAGACUUUCGUAUUGUAUGCUUGACAUUAGACACGUACAAAUUGUUCUACUCUCUUGUAUGUAGAUUACGUCACAAUCAAUCAUCUAGUCGGUCCCAUUAAAUUCGAUCAACAACGCAUGUUAUUUUUUAACAUAGAAUGUAAAGUAUUCGUUUUUAUAUGUAAUCAGAGAUGAGAGAAUAUCUAUCACUUUUUAUAUAUUAUAUUAUAUAUAUAUAUAUAUAUAUAUAUAUAUAUAUAUAUAUAUAUAUAUAUAUAUAUAUAUAUUGAAAAAACGUGCGACAGGAAGAUCGAGAACGCGUACAUAAAACUUUUAUGUUGCUAGAAAUAAAUUAUAUUGUACUUUGAUGUAAGAACAUAUUUUGUAAAAGUGAAUGUAUGUGCAAAUAGCUACGACACAAUGAGACAAUGUAUAAAAGACUUAAGUAUGGACGGAGUUAUAAAUGACUUUUCGUGUUGUAGUGUAAUUUAACUAAAUAUUAUAAUCUAUAAUUAUCGUAAGUAAAUUAAUUAUUAAUUAUUAAAAUUACUUUUAAAAUUACUUACGUAUAUAAAAUUUACCAAUUUCUGUUCUAUUUUAAGAACAUUGUCUUAAAAACUAUGCAAUAUAGUUCCUCGUUAUUGAUAGAAAUCUUCGAAAUAGAUUAUUUCUUUUCCAUGAUUGCACAGAUAUUAUAUAAAUAUACAUACAACACAUAUAAAAAAUACUUAAUAUUUCAAAUGGCCAUUUUAUAAUUAGUGCUAAGUAUGGCUAUUUGAUUUAACGGUUUAUAAUAUCGAUUUUCAUAUCAAUUAUUAUCGUUUACAAUAAUUAGAUCACAUUCAUCUCUUCCUUUUAGAUAUAUGUAAUGAUGUAAAAAAAAUAGCAUAUUUACAGAUCACUUUUAGCAGAAUUAAAAGGAUUAAAAAAUAGGUGCCUACGAUUGCAGUGAAAGAGAAAAGAUCGAAUGUGAUCUAAAAAUUUCUAAAUGUUGCAAUAUCUAGAUUUACAGUUAAGGCAGUCUUCAAACAAUUGUAGUAAGUUUACUUUUACGAGACUCCAUACCUUCGAUAAGGCCAGUUAAUAAAUCUUCCAUCUCUGUAGUAGCACGUUUCAAUUUACAAUUGUCGUUGCCAUCGUACGACUCUGCAAUUCAUGAUGUAUUUAUAUAGCAAGAUAAUUUCACCGCGAAACGGUUGUUUGUAAAUAUAAUAUUCUUUUAUA